UUUCCGUGACUGUAUUUUCCACUGACCGAGCCUGUGAUGUCACAGAGUCAAGUGUGCUCCCACUGGACCGGGCCGUUACAGGAAGUAGUUGAGGACAAAAAGGCAUCUGCUUUGUGGGAGGAAACAAAAGGAGGGAGAGAUAGAGCAGAGAGCAAGAGUGCAAUUGAUGACAACGAGGCUGUGAGACUCGUCACGCUUUGUGAGUUCAGCAUCAGCACGGUGGACAUGAGUGUGGUUUUUAAGUGCCAAAAUAACACCCUUGGUCCUGUGGGUGAAAUGUCAGCAAAGACUGAGCACAGCAAGACGCAGCUUCAGCGCACCAAGUGCUGUGAGUGCAGCAGCUCGCUGGCCCACUGGUACUAUGAAAAAGAUGGACAGCUCUUCUGCAAAAAGGACUACUGGGCCAAGUUUGGGGAGCUCUGCCAUGGCUGCAACGACCUUAUCACCACUGGCCUCAUUAUGGUUGCAGGGGAACAAAAGUAUCAUCCAGAGUGCUUCACCUGUCUGAAUUGUAGGACGUUUAUCGGUGAUGGGGACACAUAUGCUCUGGUGGAGAGAUCCAAACUCUACUGUGGUCACUGCUACUACCAGACCGUGGUCACCCCCGUUUCAUUGCCUGACUCACCAUGCUCGCACAUCCCUCACACCGUCACGCUGGUGUCAAUCCCCGCCUCCGAAGAGGGUACCGGACACCGGGGAAGGGGCUUCUCUGUGGCUAUCGACCAGCCGCUCAGCCCGACCGACAAUUACAGUCCAGAACAUGGCCGCACCGUCAGGGUCUCUCAGGUGGAUGCUGACUGCAUCAGUCCAGAUGUGAAAAAUUCCAUCCAUGUCGGCGACAGGAUCCUAGAAAUCAAUGGGACGCCAAUUCACAACGUUCCUCUGGAUGAGAUUGACCUGCUGAUCCAGGAGACGAGUCGGCGGCUCCAGCUCACCAUUGAACACGACCCUCACAGUCGGGGCCAGGAGGGAGGCUCCUCUUCAGAGACUGGGGAGCAGGUGGAUGGCCCCCUGUCCACUCCACUAUCUGGGGUGCCCAGCCCCAUCCUGCCCAUCACCCAACCUCCCCUCCCUGACAUCAGCAACCUGAAAUCCCGCAUAGUCACGCGGAGCUACAGCAUAGACAAGUCCCCAGGCUCCAGCAAAGCAGCUUCCCCCAUCUCACCAAGGAAGGACAUCAAUCGCUCCGAGUCUCUUCGAGUCGUCUCCAACCGGACACACCGAAUCUUUCGCCCAUCUGACCUAAUCCACGGAGAAGUGCUCGGGAAGGGAUGCUUUGGACAGGCCAUCAAGGUGACCCACAGGGAGACGGGGGAGGUGAUGGUGAUGAAAGAACUAAUCCGCUUUGAUGACGAGACACAAAGAACGUUCCUAAAAGAGGUGAAGGUCAUGCGAUGCUUGGAUCAUCCCAACGUGCUCAAGUUCAUUGGAGUGCUCUACAAAGACAAGCGCCUCAACUUCAUAGCAGAGUACAUAAAGGGAGGCACCUUGAGGGACAUCAUCAAGAAAAUGGAUAGCAACUACCCUUGGAACCAGCGGGUCAGUUUUGCCAAGGACAUAGCUGCUGGGAUGUCAUAUCUUCAUUCCAUGAACAUCAUCCACCGAGAUCUUAACUCUCACAACUGCCUUGUCCGGGAGAACAAUACCGUGGUGGUGGCAGACUUUGGGCUUGCUCGCCUCAUGGUGGACGACAAACAUGAGGAGAAGUUUUCACAGGGUAAACUGUCAGGUUUGAAGAGGCCUGACCGCAGGAAGAGGUACACAGUGGUGGGGAACCCCUACUGGAUGGCUCCUGAAAUGAUACAUGGAAAGAGUUAUGAUGAGAGGGUGGACAUCUUCUCAUUUGGCAUAAUGCUCUGUGAGAUCAUUGGCAGGGUCAAUGCUGAUCCAGACUACCUCCCCAGGGCGGUGGACUUUGGGCUGAACGUGUCGGGCUUCCUGGAGCAUUACUGUCCCCCUGAUUGUCCUCGCGCCUUCUUCCCCAUUGCUGCUGUGUGCUGCGACCUUGACGCUGACAAACGCCCGCCAUUCUCCAAACUGGAGGAGUGGUUGGAGAACCUGAAGAUGCACUUGGACAUUGGCCUGCCGCUUGUGUCUGAAGUGGAGCAGCUGCACAAGACCUUCUGGGAGAACAACAGCGUCACACGGUCCGAGAACGGCCUGCACGUCCACCCUGAGCAGCCAGAAUAAGGCCGGAUUACAGAGGAGGGCCUCUCUCUGUUGGUGAAGGAAUCAUCGUGUAUUAUUGGAAACACACCUCCAUGCCCCACGAUGACGCAGUGGAUGCAGCCUGGCUCAGGCCCGGCUGGUAGACUCAGGGGGACAAACGUGUGUCAGGAGAGCCGCUAAAAAGAAACUUUGACGACAAUAGCUUGACUCGGCUGCACCUGAUGCUUAAACUAGAGCAUGCCGUAUGCAAUCAGAUCCUUCUUUCAAAUAAUGUAGAUUUCCAUUGGCAUAAAUUGUCUAGCAUAAAUUAGGUCUUCAAGCUUGGGCAGAAACAAGUGUCACAUAAUGCAAAUAGACACCCAUCUCUACAGCUUACUAGAGAGUGCAUGUGCGUACAGUACUGUACUUCAGGUCAAGUCCUGCUUUGUGAUGUUUCAAAAUUGAUCCGACUGCACAAGCAGACUGGAGUGCCUCCUUUGUGAUUGUGUAGCAAGUGAGUCCAUCAUGACACACCUUAGGCUGAAAUGUCUGCUUCAUCGUGAUGUGGCAUCCUCGAUAGUCCAACGUGCACUAGUUUGUACAUAGCUGGCAACAUUGUAAAUGUGUUAAAUAUUGUAAAAUGUAAAGACAUAUUUUAUAUACAUAUUGCAGCAUUGCCAUAUUUUUCUAUGGCUGACCUAUCGAAAAUAAUGGAGAUUGAAAGAUUUGACUGCAGUUUAUGAGGGGUCAGCAUUUGAUCGACGAAUCUUAACAUCUCCUGCAUUUAAUCUCAUUCUGUCAUCUGGUUGAUGGUCGUUUUACAGUUUUCAUUAAUUGUAGCGUUUGGAAUAAGAUAGACAUCUCCUUCAAAUUCUAAUAUAAGCGAUAUAUAUACACCGUAUAUCUUUUUAUUGUUCUCCUUAAUGGUACCAAAUACUGUCUUAUAGUGACUGCCCACCUACUGUAAUGUCACCCCCUGUUUGUUUACAUGGAUACAUUCUAGCUGUAAAUACCACUUUAUAUGUCUUACGUGCAUUGCGAUGAUAAGUGCAAUGGCACCGCUUCGGAAAUAAUUGCUUCCACUUCCACAAAUGUCUCUCCAGUAUAUGGCACCUUUCAAAAUCUGUUGGCUGUAUACUAAACGUAUUUUAUUUUUGGCUUAUGUUCUCACAGGUUGCAUGGUACAGUAGCUACAGUACGGUAUGUUCGCCUUCUAAAAGCCUGAGUAUUGUGAUGUUAAAUAAGACCUUUUUUUAACAAGACAGGUGAAAUGUUGUGAAGAUUUAAAAAAAAAAAAAAAAAAAAAAAACAGCAUCUGUUUUAUAUAUACAGCAUAUAGAACCACUGAAAUCUUUUGUAUGGAUUUUUGUUUGCACUAUAUUAACCAAAUGGCUGGUUUAAGCCAUGAUUUGUUUUAUUUCCUCUCUUGGGCUACUUGUGAUUAAGGAAAUAAUGUGGGUUCAGGUUGAUAUAAUGAUGCAAGACACUGGUCAAGCCUGUUCUGGAAAAUUCCUCUUUGCAUCAAACUGGACUUGAUUUGUGACGAUAUUUGUUGCUCAACAACAUCAUACAACUGUGAUGACAAUUACUGUAUUUUAUGCAAGCGUGUCCAGUUUCAAUGCUCCCGAGGAUCAACUUUUCUGGUCUUCGCUUCUCUGAAGAUGUGAUGUCCCAGCUCUGCUUGCUGCCUUGCUCAAUGGUCCUUUGUCAACCAUGUAGUGUGUAGUGUCUGGUGGCUUGGCUGCAACCAUUAACCUGGACUGUCUCACCUCUUUAUCACUCUUCUGGCUCAGGGCCAUCAUUUCUUGGUGUUCCUUCACCCUUAAAUCAAUUCAGAAUCCACUAGUAACAGUAAAACGUAAAGCGCAUGUGAUCACUAUUAAUGCUUGAUAUACAAAAGUAGGCUUCUGUAACGAAAACCACUCCUGGGUGAUGUGUUCUUUGUGUUCUCUUAAUUACUCUUAGAGCCAUGUGAGCAUGUUGGAUGUCUCCGUGAGGACGUUGUGAUGAUCAAUUAGAAUGUUGCCGCAGCACUUCUUUGCAAAGGAUCAAUACCUCUGAUCAAUGCUGUGCCUUUGUUGUAAGCUAGCCUUGCCAACGACUUGAAUCGUGACCUGAUUUCCUGAUGGGUUUUUUUUUUUAUAUAAUGUAUCUUAAGUGGAUUUCAGUGGACUGAAUAUCAUUGCUGAUACUGUUUGUAUGAGUUUUUCUUCUAUUCAUGUAUCAUAUUUAUAUUUUCCUGAGCUUCACUCUGUUUUGAUAUUUUAUUAAUAUUAUAGUUUUUCUUUUGUUCUCUUUAUUUAAUUUGUACACAAGCUGUGAAAGCAAUUCUGCACUUUAACCUUGAACGUGAACAUUCUGACUCUUGAGGAGAUGAGUGUUUUAUUUUGUUUUUUCUUUUUGUCACGGCUGAAAAUAAAAUUGUUGCUCCUUAAAGAAACCGGUUUUCGUGUUUAUACAGUAUAUAAUAAAGAAG